AUCUCAAGUGAAUCAGUGGUUGAACCAGGACCAGAUCCCAGUGUCCUAUCUUCUGGGACAUCCUCAGCCUGAAUUUUUAAUACAUAUCCCUUCUGCAGUGCCUUUCCUCUGAGGCCCUCAAAGGGAAACUGAGGCCUUUGAGGACAUGAAGACUUGAAUUAGGCCAACCAGGGGCCUUGGAACUCCAAAUCAAAGAGGAGAAGAAAGCAGCGUCCAGAGAAGGGGUGCAGGCUGAGGAGCUGCCCAGAGCACUGCUCACACUCCCAGAGUACCUGAAGUCGCUGUCCCAAUGACAGGUGACAAGGGUCCCCAGAGGCUGAGCAGGUCCAGCUAUGGCUCCAUCUCAAGCCCCACCAGCCCAGGACCACAGCAAGUGCCUCCCAGAGAGACCUACCUGAGUGAGAAGAUCCCCAUCCCAGACACGAAACCGGGCACCUUCAGUCUGCGGAAGCUGUGGGCCUUCACGGGGCCCGGCUUCCUCAUGAGCAUUGCUUUCCUGGACCCAGGAAACAUCGAGUCGGAUCUUCAGGCUGGCGCCGUGGCUGGAUUCAAACUUCUCUGGGUGCUGCUCUGGGCCACAGUGUUGGGCCUGCUCUGCCAGCGACUGGCUGCCCGUCUGGGCGUGGUGACAGGCAAGGACUUGGGCGAGGUCUGCCAUCUCUACUACCCUAAGGUGCCCCGUACCCUCCUCUGGCUGACCAUCGAGCUAGCCAUUGUGGGCUCCGACAUGCAGGAAGUCAUCGGCACAGCCAUUGCAUUCAAUCUGCUCUCAGCUGGACGAAUCCCGCUCUGGGGUGGCGUCCUCAUCACCAUCGUGGACACCUUCUUCUUCCUCUUCCUCGAUAACUAUGGGUUGCGGAAGCUGGAGGCUUUUUUUGGACUGCUUAUAACCAUUAUGGCCUUGACCUUUGGCUAUGAGUAUGUGGUGGCGCGUCCUGCUCAGGGAGCGCUUCUUCGGGGUCUGUUCCUGCCCUUGUGCCCGGGCUGCGGCCACCCCGAGCUGCUGCAGGCGGUGGGCAUUGUUGGCGCCAUCAUCAUGCCCCACAACAUCUACUUGCACUCAGCCCUGGUCAAGUCUCGAGAGAUAGACCGGGCCCGCCGAGUGGACAUCCGAGAAGCCAACAUGUACUUCCUGAUUGAGGCCACCGCCGCCCUCUCUGUCUCCUUUCUCAUCAACCUCUUUGUCAUGGCUGUCUUUGGGCAGGCCUUCUACCAGCAAACCAACCAGGCUGCGGGCUUCCUGAAGCUGCGGUGGUCACGCUUCGCCCGUGUCCUCCUCACCCGCUCCUGUGCCAUCCUGCCCACCGUGCUUGUAGCUGUCUUUCGGGACCUGAGGGACUUGUCGGGCCUCAAUGAUCUGCUCAACGUGCUGCAGAGCCUGCUGCUCCCUUUCGCCGUGCUGCCCAUCCUCACAUUCACCAGCAUGCCCGCCCUCAUGCAGGAGUUUGCCAAUGGCUGGCUGAGCAAAGCCAUCACCGCCUCCAUCAUGGCGCUAGUCUGUGCCAUCAACCUCUACUUCGUGAUCAGCUACCUGCCCAGCCUGCCACACCCUGCCUACUUUGGCCUUGCGGCCCUGAUAGCCACAGCCUACCUGGGCCUUACCACCUACCUGGUCUGGACCUGUUGCCUUGCCCAUGGAACCACCUUUCUGGCCCACAGCUCCCACCGCCACUUCCUGUAUGGGCUCCUUGAAGAGGACCAGAGAGGGGAGACCUCUGGCUAGGUCCACACCUGGAACCUGGCUGGGAGUGGCAUGGAUGGCACGACUGGCCUGUUGGAUGUGGAGGGGGCGCAUGCAGGCAGCAGGAUGCAGUGGGACACUUCCUGAGGCCGGUCAACCUGGGGAGCCUCAGGGACCUGCUGUUUCCUAGCACAGCCAUGUGAUUACCCUCUGGGUCUCAGUGUCCUCAUCUGUAAAACGGAGACACCGCCACCCUUGCCAUGGAGGUUAAGCACUUUAAACAUAGGCCCUGGCACUUGGAGCCAAAAAACAAAAAAAAUUCAAGAGGUAUUUAUUCAUUGAUCUGAUAGCCAAAGGGCAGGUGGGAUGGGGACUGGGGGACUUGGAGGCUUGGGCGGGACACAGGUUCCAAACUAGAGCUUGAAAUAGAGUCUGAUGAAUGUUAA